UUAUUCCCAAACUGAUAGGACUGACAUAGAAAAGUUUGCACCAUCCUUAGUCUUUAAUCCUCCCAAAGUUCCUAAUGACGUUGGAAAUUUGAUUUGCUGCUUGGACCAGCGAUGAGAUAAUUUCUCACUAGUGGCGCUGGCCGACACUUUGUCCAUAUCUGCGAAGCCUCUAUUUAUAGCUUUCAUGACUCCGGCAGGGGCAUAUCAAACUGUUCUCCUCUUCAGAGGGAGGACCUUCCACCUGUAGCAGUUCAUAAGUAGAGAGUCUGCAACAUCUGCUUCGGGUCCCCUUGAUUCAUUCGUGGAGUAGCUAUGGCCAAAAUACCAGGUCCCACCUCAUCCGCAUUGCUGCUUCUGCCCUUGGUCAUCUUCCAUUCUUGCCUUGUUCAAGCUUCUGGCGGCACUUCAGCUGCAAAAACAGGCCGAGAGGCAAUCGAAAUAGUAAUCGGUGGUGGCGGCAUCUCGAUUGGCUCCCCCCCUGCUCCUAGCCCGGAGAGUGGGUAUUGCCCUCCCCCGCCCCCUCCAGAGCCUGUAUGCCCACCACCACAGGCACCUCCACGCCCACCUCCACCUCCACCGCCACCUCCACCUCCACCGCCACCUCCACCUCUGCCAUCACCGCCGCCACCUCCACGAUUGCGGCCACCGCCACCUCCACCAUCGCCGUCACUGCCGCCCCGGCGUCCACCUCCAACUCCAACUCCAGUUGUCCCCCAGCGGAGCCGGCUGGACAUGGUGUAUCAACCAAUACAGGAUUUCAAGAAGCUCAUAAGCAAGGGCAACUGCGACCCUAAGAAAGUCACUGCGACCUGGAAUGGCACAGGAGAAAAGAUCUGCAAUUACAAGGGCUUCACCUGUGCAACUGUACCCGGCUACAAGAUGUCGGGUCUCGCCGGCAUCGACUUCAAUGGCUUCGGCUUCUGCAAUGACAAGGGACAGCUCCCUAUCGACAACUUCAUUGAGAGACUACCCGAUCUCGUAUUCUUUCAUACAAACUCCAACAACAUUACCGGUCGCAUCCCCUCCAAUCUUUCCAAGCUCAAGUAUUUCUACGAACUCGACUUGAGCAACAACAAGCUACGAGGAGCAUUCCCACUGACCGUUCUAGGCGCCACCAAUCUCACUUUCUUGGAUCUCAGGUUCAACAACCUGACUGGACCGAUACCAGCGCAAGUAUUCACUCUGGACCUUGAAGUUCUCUUUCUCAACAACAACGAGUUCAAUGGGGCAAUUCCGGAAAAUCUCGGUAAAACACCCGUAAGUUAUCUCACCCUAGCCAACAACAAGUUCACAGGCCCAAUCCCUCGAAGCAUAGGGAAAACUUCAAAGUCGUUGCUAGAGGUGCUGUUCCUGAAUAACCAAUUAUCGGGUUGCCUUCCGUAUGAGAUAGGACUUCUGAAGAAAACCACUACUUUCGACGCCAGUAUCAAUCAGUUGACUGGUCCCAUACCACAUUCCUUCGGCUGUCUGCAGCAGAUGAAUCAGCUAAACUUGUCGCAUAACCAUUUAUACGGGCCGGUUCCUGAGACGGUGUGCGUGCUGCCGAAGCUGAGUGCACUAACACUGAACAACAAUUACUUCACACAGGUUGGGCCGGAAUGCCGGAAGUUGAUCUUGAAGAAAAAGCUCGAUGUAAGGAUGAACUGCAUUUUAGGUCUUCCAUCACAGAGAUCUCCGGCAGAAUGUGAUGCCUUCUUCUCCAAGAAGGUAAAGUGCCCAAACGAGAAGUCAAUGAGAUAUGUCCCCUGCAAGAUUAGUCAGUCAAAUGCCGAGGAUGCCUCCAAAGGGUCAGUGACACCUGAGAUCGCCCCAGCACCAUCACCUUCUUAUGCGGCACUCAAUAGGAACCGAUAGCAAGUGAAGUUAUUAGACAGGGCUAAAGCAAUUGUCAUGUGGAUUCUGCCAGAAAAAUAACGGGGCACAGCAGCUUUCUGUACUUAGUUUUUUUAAUAUUUGCAUCAUGCAUUGUAACUGCAAGCAUGUAAGUUUCUCGUGAAGUAUCAUUUGAGUAUAGUAAAUUAAUGCUGUUGAAGUUGUCGAUU